AUGGCGUUCCCAGGAGGGCCAGGCAUGAUGCCUGCAUCAAUGAAUCCAAACGCCGGAAUGUCUGAGCAGGAACAGCAAAUGGUGAAAGCGAUGCAAAUGGGCAUGGAAUCAUGUCUCGGCAAGACCGUCAUGGCAGGCGUAAUGGGCGGCGGCCUAGGCGCCAUGUUCGGCCUCUUCAUGUCCUCUAUGCGCUACGACACACCAAUGUCCCAGCCCCUCCCCGUAAACACUCCCACGCCAACACCAGCACCCAAAGGCCCCGCAACAUCCGCCGUCGCUUCCGCAGCCGCAAAUGCCAAACCCACCCUCAACGCAGCCGCAGCAGCACCCUCCCCCAGCGUCGUUUUAAAUCCAACCGGUGGCGGCGCAACAAUCCCCAUCACCGACCUUCCCAUGCGCCAACAACUCCGCGCCGGCCUGCGCGACAUGUACCAAUCCUCCAAGUCUUCGGGCAAAAACUUCGCCAAAGUAGGCGCAAUCUUCUCCGGCACCGAGUGUGCUAUCGAGGGUCUGCGGGCCAAGAACGACCUAUACAAUGGUGUGGCGGGCGGAUGCCUUACUGGCGGCAUUUUGGCAAGGAAUGCUGGACCGCAGGCGGUGGCGGUGGGGUGCGCGGGAUUCGCAGUGUUCAGUGCGGCGAUUGAUGCGUAUAUGCGGAUGCCGGAGGAUGAGCGGAGUAGACCUAUCGCGUAG